AGCUGCCAUCAACAAGGCCGUGCAAAGAAAUCACAAACGGCAUCUUACAAUCGUCAUUGCAACUAUCUAGUCUUUGAUCCAGCCAAAUAAUUCCAAGCUGAGCCUCAGGUCUGCAAGGAGUGCCCGCGUCGUUUCAGUCCAUGCGAUCUAAUCUUACAUGCGAGCAUGGGGCAAAGCUAACAAAUCUCUGAUGUCCUCACCUGUCAGAUUGGAUUGUCGUGAAAAGGACACGUCUUGCUCGUCAAGUCACUAGUUGGAUCGUUUUCGUCCUGCCGCCAACAAUGAAGAUCCAUCACUCCAAACGCCCGUUUCUUGAGACCCUCCAGCUUGUGCUUCAGCUCCUUCUCAGUUACUCAGCCUUCUCGCUUCCAGCAGCCCAUGCAGGCUCUCCCGGUGUAGAUGUCUGGACUGCCUUUGGCCCUGUGGCACCGGCCGAGGCUUGUUGGUUCAAACUUUUCAUCGCCCGCGGCCCAUCGGCAUCGGCGAGGAACGUCGAAUAUGUCAGUCUCAAUUGCCUCAAUGCAUCUAAACCCGCCCUCAUUCCAGACGUCUGCAUGCUUGCUGAAAAGACAAGCUUCUUGAGGCUGUUUCGCUCGCUUGACGCUCUCGGUGAAAAGCAGUUUGUGGCAAAAGGCCCCUUCCCAACGUCUUCGAACGAUUAUGGCAUCUUGUGCAGGUUCAAUGCUGACAACACCGGCUUGAUGUCUGCCCCACUGCAAGCAGAUCCAAUAGGUGCGACUUGUAAUUGGAGGGAGCUCGAUUCCAAGUUCACUCUGGAAUGCCGCAAUAAUCGCCCAAAGUUGAUCAAUGGACUCCCAGUAUCUGGUCACACAGUUAUACCUCCCAGUACACAGGCAUGCUUCCUCGAAAUACAAGGCCUGGACCAUCUCGUUUUGCCUCAACUUAGCAAGAAGUGCAUCGAUGUACGGAAUGCAAAGAACCAUCUACCCGCCCUGAGAGACUAUCAGAACAAUCUCUAUUUGACUGGUGGCUUCUGUGUGCUCAUUCUUAUCAAAAACCUGGGUCAGCCGGAGGCCGUCCAGAAUGACUGGCCCAAGGUCGUCCUGAACAAGGAGCAAUACGUUGUGUAUUGUCAGGCAAAGAAUUCCAGAACUGACCCAAGAUCUCUGCCGACCCACUUGUUUCUUCGAAUUCCGAGAUGCUACUGGGUCUUUGCCGCUAGCGAAACCAUGCUAUUGUUGGAAUGUGAGGAAUCGAUGCAGUGGAGUUAGCUUACGGCGUGAUACUCUUUGAUUCAAGCUUUUUCGGCUUGCUCACUUAUUCACUCAAGCAUCCAUAGCCAUUUCAAUCAUUCAUCCU